UGUUGUGUAAUCUCGGCAGCGGUGCCAGACUAUCGUACUCAGAGCCUCGUAUUUACCGGUUUCUGAGCCAUAGCUAUUUCCAAAAAACACCAAUCAUUAACCAUUUUAACGAUAACUAUAUAUGAAGGCAGUUAAUGGGGUCGAGGAGGCAGUUUUGAGGUCGGAAAUAGGCAAACAUAGGAGGCUGAGUACGACAAUCUGGCAACGUUCGGCAGCAGGUGAGGGCCACAGGGAAGGAACAGCAGCCAGUCUACACAACCUGCCAGCCCCUGCACCCUGGUGAGAGUAGGUCGGGAUGGGUGGUGGGCGGAAGGCGGUAGCUGAGGCCUUCACUCACCCCCAGCGCGUGAAGCUCCUCUACAAGACCAUCCUCAAACUGCACCGAGGCCUCCCCAUGGAACUGAAGGCGCUCGGUGACCAAUACACAAGGGAUGAGUUUAAGCGUCACAAGGAGGCGUUGCCGGAGCAAUCCCAGGCCUUCAUGGUGGAGUGGACCAACUAUGCCAUCACCGUCGCCAAGCAGCUGGGUGUGCGGGGCUCCCACACCGCCAAGACCCUCGGCCGCCCACUCUCACAAACUGAGUUGGAGAACUUCAAUGACGAGCAGGUCCACCAACUGUAUGAGCUCUAUGAGGCCGCCAACAACCCCGAGACGCCCAGCCCGGCCCAGGACCCCAAAAAGGCGAGGUGAACAUGACAACUUUUAUUAGGCGACAGAUGGACACACACAAGUCCAGUCGAGGCGUUGUGUGUGUCGAGACGAAAUGACGAAAAACAUCAGACUCAUUGCUCGGUAACAUAGUAUUAUUUAUGUCUGGUAGGAAUCACAGUCAGUGAGUGAUCUCAGUGUACCACAAAGUCAUGAGUGUGGUGGUGGGUGUCGUGCAGAGCCAAGGGAGAUCUUAGUGGUCAGUCUCAGCCGAGUAAUGAUUGUCCUCCUCUCAGGGAACAGUGUGCCCCACAAGCUUAGUAAUAACACAAGUGAUGGACUCUCCUGACCCUCUGCAGUGCUGUGUGUGGCAGAUCACUGCAGGGGCGUCAGAACAAUAAGAACAGACGAUGUUGCACUGUGCUGCGCUGUGGCACAGGUGAGUUGCUUUCCACAGGCCAGUGCCUGGCCAGCAGGGUUGCUCAAUGUAAGGUUACCUGUGCAAAACACUGAAUUAGCUCACUCAUAGUUAUAGGGUGAGAGAUGAAGUCCAUGUACACACUAUGUAUCUAUUUGAUGCAAUUAAUAUUUGUAUAUAGAUGUUCAAUAAAGAGAAAUGUUAAUAAAUUUUGCUUUUA